CAGGUUGAGAAGUUUAGGAGUCAGUUGAGCAUAAAAAUUCGUACGGUUCGGUUUGGCAAAGAAGCCCACCUCCGAUAAAACUUGAACAAAAUAAUUAUCGUUUCCAAAACAUGAAAAACACACAUUAACGAUCGAGUUGUAAAUCAGGCAACAAAGAACGGAACCGAGCAGCGAACAAACAGUCAUUGCAAAACAAACAAUCGCCCGAAGUGGAUUACAAAAGCGCAAACAUUUCCAAUACGGGAUUGUUUCUCAACAACACUUACAACAAACAAUCUGCUCAAAACAAUAACAACAACAAUAACACAAGAAGUGAUAAUGUGCUCAUAGCAUACGUUACAAUUUGAAAAUUAUAACAAAUUUUGAAUACUGUAGCGACGACGAAACCACUCGAAUUGUGAAUCGAAUCGAAUCGAAUUGAAUUGAAUUGUGCUAUUUUAUUUCAUUCGAGUUGAAAUAGAAAAAUAUCCGAAUAAACUCAAGAACUUGCUCCAUCCAAGCAACCCCAUACAAAACCAAAAAGAAAACAAAAACAAAACUCCCUCAAAAUGAACAGAAACAUUACAUCAGGCUUUGACAUGGCCGCGGAGAUUGCCCACAUCGCCAUCGAGGAAUUCAAAUCGCAUUACGUGACAAAGAACUUCAGUGGAUUAAUGCAGCGAUACUAUUACCUGGUGGAGGAGGACUACGGCGAUCCCCGAUCCAAUCGUUUCCCAAUGAUGUCAAACCCGCUAUACACAUUCGGCUUGGUCGGCAUUUAUUUGUCCUGGGUGCUGGUGAUAGGACCGUAUUUCAUGCGUGAUCGCAAGCCGUUCCAGCUCAAACGAACCAUGGUCAUUUACAAUGCAUUCCAAGUAGCCAUCAGUGCGUACAUGUUCUAUGAGCAUCUUGUAGCAGGAUGGCUGAAUUACAAUCUUAAAUGUCAGCCAGUGGACUAUUCGGAUAGCCCAAUGUCAAAACGGAUGCUGAACCUUUGCUAUGUUUACUACCUAUCAAAGCUGACUGAAUUCGCCGACACAGUGUUCUUUGUGCUCCGCAAGAAGUCGUCGCAAAUCACCUGGUUGCAUGUGUAUCACCACUCUGUAACGCCAUUGGAAACAUGGGUCCUGGUAAAAUUCGUUGCCGGUGGCAAUGCAACAUUCCCCAACCUGCUCAACAAUUUCGUCCACAUUUGCAUGUACUUCUACUACAUGAUGUCCGCCAUGGGUCCAAACUACGCCAAAUUCCUCUGGUGGAAGAAGUAUAUGACAGAAUUGCAAAUCGCUCAAUUCAUUCUCUGCAUCAUUCACACCAUUCGCGCCCUCUUCAGCCAACAGUGCCAGUUCUCCAAAUUCAUUUCCAGCUUGCUGCUGCUCAACUCCUCGAUUUUCUUCUGCCUCUUCAUGAACUUCUACAUACAGGCCUACAAAAAAGGCAAAAACACUACGGCCCUUGCAGCAGCCAACCAGGCAGCAACCUGCGCCAGCGAAUCCCUGCAGAAGCCAAAGUCUUUGGAAGUGAACAACAACCACAACAGCCAGGAUAUCCUGCCAUCAUUAAGUCAAAAGAAGGUCAACUAACGUUGCAUCGGCCUGCGUCCAAACUCUACCGUUAACUACUCCCUAGCUUUCGAACAUCGAGGACGAGCGUACACAGCAGCUCGUUCGCGUACAACAUGGUCGCUGUUCCAUCCGACAGUGACACAUUUUAGUUUAGUGUACCCAUACAUAUAAGAACGAAUUUUAAAGCCUAGCAGUGAGAUGAGACUUGAAGCCGUCAAACUUUUCAGUUUUCAGUACUGCAUUCGAAUUGCUAGUGUCUAUACGCUACAGAGGCGCCCUUCGAUGAAUGGCGGUUCUGGGAUCUAUGUAUGUAAAUUUAUGUAGGCAGCACAUGGACGUGUGCUGGGGAAUGCAUCGCCGGAGAACAUAUUCCCGAGUUGUGAGUUGACCUGCUGGUGAUCAUUCCUCUAUUAGUUUAUGGUUUUUUUGUUUUUGUUUUUUGUUUUCAACACUUUUGAUGUAAAUAUGUAUGUACGUAUGUAGAAUAUUAUUUAGUAUUAUGUAUGUAAGGCAAGUUCGUGUAUAUAUGAAUUGCGAAGGCGAUGCUCGGUCCAGUGAUGGCAUCCUUGAAAGGCUCCGUUGAACGGCGCCACAAGCAGUUUGUAGCCUUGUUGUGCAGUGUGUCCCAUGUCCAUCUUCCUCCCUCACAGACGGGACAAGGCACUGCAAAGAGUCCAACUUCGUCAGCCCAAACACUGUGUUUAAGUCUAAACUAGUCUUUAAUUACGAACAAUUGUAAAGCUAAAAAAACACAAAC